GAAGUUUCCUUUUCUUAAAAUCUGCCCAACCUGUUGACGGAAGCGCCAUUUUACAGGACCCAGCCCACGGUAAUCGGCCGUAACUUCUCUUCUCCGCCGCCUGUUUCUUUCUCUCUGUCUCCCGUCAGAAGCCUCCACACAGAGCGAUUCAAAAUUCCCGGCGCGGUCCAUUUUCUGGUUAAUGGGGUUUUGAUUCAAAACCUCCGGUGGGGUGCAUAUUCCUUCCAAGCGGUGAGUGGGCGAGAGAGAUUUCCUUGUUCCGAGAAAUCUAGGGUUUUGAUUCCGAUGGGAAAGGUGGAAACUGGCGGAGUCGGCGGUGGCAGUUGCCGGAGAUGGCUCUGGGCUGCAGGGGCUCUGAUCGCCGUCCUCCUCGCGGUGACAGUGAGCUUGAGAAACGUCCCUAAGAUCUCUUUCUUUGGGAUCACCGAGAAGCCCUUUGAAUGCUCGGAUUCGAGGAAGUUCACAGGCAUGGUGGAGGACUGUUCCUGUGACUAUGAAACUGUUGACUCUCUUAACAAGGAAAUGUUGCAUCCGAUACUUCAAGAACUCGUGACCACUCCAUUCUUCCGAUAUUUUAAGGUUAAAUUGUGGUGUGACUGUCCAUUCUGGCCUGAUGAUGGGAUGUGCCAACUUCGAGAUUGCACUGUUUGUGAGUGUCCAGAAAGUGAAUUUCCAGCACCAUUUAAGAAGCCUUCUGGUGGGCUUCCCACUGAUGAUAUGAUUUGUCAGGAGGGGAAACCACAGGCUGCUGUGGACAGGACACUUGAUACUAGAGCAUUCAGAGGGUGGAUUGAAAUUGACAAUCCAUGGACAUAUGAUGAUGAAACCGAUAAUGCCGAGAUGACAUAUGUGAACCUACAACUAAACCCUGAACGCUACACUGGUUAUACAGGUUCCUCAGCUAGGAGGAUAUGGGAUGCUGUUUACAAAGAAAAUUGUCCAAAAUAUCCUUCAGAAGAACUUUGCCAGGAGAAAAGAGUGUUAUACAAGUUGAUUUCAGGAUUGCAUUCCUCAAUUUCAGUUCACAUAGCUUCUGAUUAUCUCAUUGAUGAAUCCAACAACUUGUGGGGCCAAAAUCUUGAAUUAUUGUAUGAUCGCGUGUUAAGACAUCCAGAUCGUGUUAGAAAUCUCUACUUUACAUUUCUCUUUGUUCUGCGAGCAGUGACAAAGGCUGCAGAUUACUUGGAACAGGCUGACUAUGACACUGGCAACCCUGAGGAGGACCUGAAGACACAAUCAUUGGUAAGACAGCUACUCUAUAAUCAAAAGUUACAGUCUGCUUGUCCUCUACCAUUCGAUGAAGCCAGGCUUUGGCAAGGUGAAAAUGGGCCAGAGCUGAAACAGCAGAUUCAGAAGCAAUUUAAAAACAUCAGUGCCAUUAUGGACUGCGUUGGAUGUGAAAAGUGCCGCUUGUGGGGCAAGCUUCAAGUCCUUGGUCUUGCUACAUCGUUAAAGAUCCUUUUUUCUGUUGAUGGAAAAAACCGCAUAUAUCAGCCUCUUCAGCUGCAACGAAAUGAAGUCAUCUCUCUACUGAACCUUCUCAAUAGGCUUUCGGAGUCUGUAAAAUUCGUUCAUGAGGAAGGGCCUUCUGCUGAGAAACUAUUUGAGGGACGAAUGUCUUCACCUACAGGGAAGAAUACCUUUUUGCAAUGAUGGUUUUUUUGCAAUUACAAUGUGAUUUUUGAUGCUGUGUGAGGAAAGAAGCAACUGUAGUACCUUUUCCUUUGGAGUAUACUGUAUACAUCAUGAUGGUCUAUUUAUAGGGAGCACCCUGUGAAAAAAUGUUCUGAGGAGGUACAGAAAUUGGGAGCUGAAGGUCUCCCUUUUGAAUUGAAAAUUAAACAGAAUUAUCGAAUAUAUAGCAUCAAAGAUUGCAUUCAAUUGAAAUCUGGCCAUUGCAAU